CCAUCUCUGUCAUCAGCCAGAGCUGGAAGAAGGGAUUGGCUCAUGCGAUCGGAGCUUGGAAGGCAGAUGAAAUGCCAGGUCCGCUCUGCCUUUGGGGAUAGCCAGGCUGCCUUAUAAUGGGAACCAACACUUGCUCGAAUCGGGGGCAGUAGCAUCCAACUGAGCAUCAGGAAAACACACAGACCUCCUCCAGCUUUUUUUUUUUUUUUCUUUUUAAAUCUUUUGUUAUUGUUGUCUUUUUGUUUUAAUCUGUUGCUCUGGCUGUGUAGCUUCAUGUGGAGGAGGAGGCUGCUGGUGGGCUCUGUCACUCCCCUGUGCUCAUCAUCCACCCUCUCUGGAACAGGUUGAUCCUUUAUUUGUUUUAAUUUCUUUCUUCUUUUUUUGCGCCGGAGAGCUGCUUUUUGGAAUCUCCCUCCUCCAUGUACGAUAACUUGUACCUUCAUGGAUUUGAAGACUCUGAGGCGGGAUCAGCUGAUUCCUACACAAGCCGACCGUCUGACUCGGAUGUGUCCCUGGAGGAGGAGAAGGAGGGCGGCCGGCAGGAGAGGGAGCAGCAGGCCACUGUCCAGCUGGAGAGAGCGAAGAGCAAAGCGGUGGCGUUUGCUGUGAGGACCAAUGUCAGCUACUGCGGUGCGUUGGAUGAGGACGUCCCCGUGGCCGGUACUGCCGUCUCUUUUGAUGCCAAGGACUUCCUCCACAUCAAAGAGAAGUACAAUAACGACUGGUGGAUCGGCCGCCUGGUGAAGGAGGGCUGCGACAUCGGCUUCAUCCCGAGCCCCCUGAAGCUGGAGAACAUCCGACUGCAGCAGGAGCAAAAGAGAGGACGCUUCCACGGCAGUAAGUCCAGCGGGAACUCCUCCUCCAGUCUGGGAGAAAUGGUUUCAGGCACAUUCAAGCCCAACCCAAACUCUGCAGGAAAGCAGAAGCAGAAAGUGGCCGAGCACGUCCCUCCGUACGACGUGGUUCCCUCCAUGAGGCCGGUGGUCCUGGUGGGACCGUCCCUGAAAGGUUACGAGGUGACAGAUAUGAUGCAGAAAGCGCUGUUUGACUUCCUGAAGCACAGAUUUGAUGGGAGGAUAUCCAUCACGAGGGUAACGGCCGACAUAUCAUUGGCCAAGAGGUCAGUACUAAACAACCCCAGUAAGAGGGCCAUCAUUGAGAGAUCCAACACCCGCUCCAGCCUUGCCGAGGUCCAGAGUGAAAUAGAAAGGAUCUUUGAGCUGGCCAGGUCUCUACAGCUGGUGGUUUUGGAUGCAGAUACCAUUAACCACCCGGCACAGCUUAUCAAGACCUCGUUAGCUCCCAUCAUCGUCCAUGUAAAAGUGUCCUCGCCUAAGGUCCUGCAGAGGCUCAUCAAAUCAAGAGGGAAAUCUCAAAGCAAACACUUAAACGUGCAGCUUGUUGCGGCCGAAAAACUAUCACAGUGUCCUUCGGAGAUGUUUGAUAUUGUUUUGGACGAGAACCAGCUGGAGGAUGCGUGCGAACACCUGGCAGAGUACCUGGAGGCGUACUGGCGUGCUACACACACCUCACUUAGCACGCCACUCAACCCCCUGCUGGGACGCAAUCUGGGCUCCACGGCUCUCUCUCCGUAUCCGGCCGCCAUUCAGGCCCAAAGAAACCGAAACAGCAACCACACGACCGACCUUUCACCCGUCGAACGCCGCAGCCUGAUGCCCGCCGACGAGAACUACCACAACGAACGGGCGCGGAAGAACCGCAACCGCAUGUCCUCGGGCUCACAGCACAGCCGGGACCACUCUCCCCUGGUGGAGGAGGAUUACCAGGACCCCUACCAGGACUCUUACAAGCCUCACCGUAACCGAGGAUCCCCGGGAGGCUAUAACCAGGACUCCAGGCACCGGCUUUGAGCUGUGGCCUGCUGUUAACGAGAUGUAGGCCUGCCUUUCUUUAACACAACCACCAUGAACACAAGAGCUGAGGCGGCUCUGUCGUGACACAAUGAAACUACUACACUCAUGUGGACUGUAACAACCUCUUAUUUCUGUGUAGUACCUCAUACCCCCUUUGGUCUCCUCUUCUGCCAAAUUGGCAUUUGAAAUAACAACAAAAAAAAAAAGAUGCUUAGAUGUGAACAAGGGACUGAAUAUGAAAGUAGCACAAGAGCAGAAGCAUUAUUAUGUUUUAAAGGGAAGGAAAGUGUGGGACGUAGGCUCUUCUGGACUCUUCCCACUAUCUCAGCUGUUACUGUAGCAUGCAGGUAGGACUGUAAUUACAGGCCUGACUCAAGCCAGGGCCAGACAGAAUCUAGCAGUGAUGAUCAGCACAGAACUUGUUUGCACGCGUCCAGGAGCUCGUAGAAGCAGAGUAUAAAGCAUCUGUAAUGCUCCUCAAGUUUGUGUGGCACCGUCCUCGAUGUGAGUGUAAUAAACCCAGUGAAAGCUUGUUCCCAAACGUUACAAAUUUGUUCUUGAAGUGACAUGUUCAUGCGGUAGCUUCAUGUGCCCCCAUUUUCUUUUUCUUUUUUUUUUUCUUUUUCCUCCAACUACCACUUUUGUUAUUAGUCUCGACAAAAACAUAAAAGUCAUGCAGAUACUAAUAUAUUUCAGAGCUCCAAACCUCAGGAACGAGAGGUCAUUUAGACCUAGAAGUGUAGCGUUUAUGUUCUUACCCAUCUGAUGGGAUUUUGAUUCUGAGCGUUGUGUUAAGUUGUUGGGGAGAUUUUAUGAUUUAGCAGUCGUGAGAAAGCUACUAAAGUCACUGGAACAGUUCUUCACAAACUGUGCAUUUAUUAACUGCACUCAUCCGUCAUGUGUUUAGCAGCAUUUGGAAUUGAUUGGAUUUUAGUAAGUGGCUUAUAUUGAGGGCUUCCAUGUGUAAAUACAGACAAAAUAUUUAAAGGAUUUAGAGUUUAAUUUAUUUUAACUUCACUGCAUUAUAUUACAUUCCAUCUAUUUAAUUUAUUUCAUAUAUUCACAUGCAUAUAUUAAUUUUUAACUUCCCUUUAUUAUUAAAGGUUUCAUAGAAUAAACAUGUUAAUUGAGUAGCAAUUUAACACACCCCUCUUUGACUUGACUGAUGAGGACUGCUGCAUUUGUCCUUUACAUGCCACUUUCAUGGAAAUUACUGCAGAUAACUGCAAUUUGAAUUUCUAUAUAUGCUGCCAGAUAAAACGGGAUUAAUAUAUCAUCAUCUUUUAAUGACACAUCUUUGUAUUUUGUAAUUUUUAGAUAUUAAAAAUCUCAUGUUGAGUUUCUUUUUUUAUUUUUUUCCUUUUUUUUCAGUUCAUAGGCCAGAGCUGCCAUUAUUGCAGUGAUUCUGGAAAAAAAAAAGGAAGAUGGACAAGGAGACUUCUGUUCUUAUCUGCCAUAUACAGUAGCUUUUGUUGUUGUUGUUGUCUCGAAAACAGUGGAGCAUACGCAACAAUUUAAAAGAUCUGAAUACUGCCUGUGAGAGAAUGAUGCAUUGAUUAGAAGUUUGUGUGCACUGUCAUUUUACAAUUGUAAUGAAAUAAACUGCCCUUAUGCUAUUCUA